AUGGCCGCAGCACGAGCUUCAGCCGCUGAAUCUCAAGCGUUUCAGAUAAAUACAGACCAGUGGCCAGAAUAUGAUGGCUAUACACAACUCGGAGAGGAAGAGAUUCGAGUCAUUGAUAUCGAAGCUGGAAAUCCACCCGUUUGCAGGAUGCGACAUGUCAGCUUAGAGGAAAAGCCGCAUUAUCAGGGACUAUCAUACUACUGGGGCGCCCCAGUAGAGCCUGAAAUCUCAAAGCAGUUGAACUUAAUGGAUCGCGAAGCUACGGUAUGGCUUGAUGUUCUCUGCAUCAAUCAAAGAGAUCCAGAAGAGCGAAGUCGACAAGUCUCAUUGAUGGGAAAUAUCUUCACCUUUGCAGCUCGUGUUUAUGUGUGGCUUGGUGAAGGUGAUGCCGACAGUGACUACGCAUUUGAUUAUAUCGAUAACAAUGCGAGGACCUAUAAUCAUCAAAUACUGUCGCUCUGUUUCGAGCAGCUCACAUUACGUCCCUAUUGGACGAGAUUAUGGGUAAUUCAAGAAAUUGCACUCGCAAGAAGCGUUCUAAUCUUGUGCGGCACUAAGUUGAGCUCCUGGGAUGAUUUCAGCCAUUCUAUUGAGAGGACCAUCGCCGAAAGAGCGCCUCACUUUCGGCAAGUCAUGAAUGUACGAAACCACGGAUAUCGGGCUCGACAACUAUUUCAACUCAUGGAAAACUUCAAAGACGCUGUUAUUCGUCGGUUUCCAGCACCCGGAUGUAGAUUUCAUCCACAAACAAGACUGGCUAGAUGCAAGACACGCUCUGGACGAAGACACCAUUAA